AUGGACCAAGAAGAAGAACAAGACCAUGAGGCCUUGGAGGAGACACACAUGGGUGAGGAACAAGUUCUGGCAGGCAGCCUGCUUGCCUUUGCCAGCCUGCGGCUAAGGGAUGUACUGGCAGUGGGGACCAGAGGAGGAGAGGAACGGUUUGGGGACAGCCAUGGAAGUCAGCAUGGUUCCCCAGAGGCUCAGCAAGGCGGAUAUGAGGAGGAAGAGGAGGUUGAGCUGACUUGUUCUGGUAUCACCCUGGUGAAAAGGCGGGAGAGAAGGAUGGCAGCAGCAGCAGCAUCACGGCAAGUCCCUCGUGUGGAGCGUCCCAGCAUCUGCCCCGAGUGUGGCAAGGGCUUCACUCGGAGCAUCCACCUCGUCCAGCACCAGCGGACGCACAGCGGGGAGCACCCCUUCCUGUGCAGGGACUGCGGCAAGGGCUUCAGCCAGAGCUCCCACCUCGUCCAGCACCGGCGAGUCCACACGGGCCAGAAACCCUACACCUGUGCCGAGUGUGGGAAGAGCUUCAGCCAGAGCUCCAACCUCCUGAAGCACCGGCGGGUCCACAGCGGGCUCAAGCCGUACGUGUGCAGCGAGCGCGGGAAGUUCUUCAGCGACAGCUCCACCUGCACCAAACACCGGCGGCUGCACUCGGGCGAGCGGCCCCACCAGUGCCCGGCCUGGGGGAAGAGCUUCAGCCAGUGCUCCCACCUCCUGCAGCACCAGCGGGCCCACGCCAGCAUCCGGCCCUACGCCUGCGGGCAGUGCGGGAAGUGCUUUGGGCAGAGCUCCGACCUCGUCAACCACACCCGUACUGGGGAGAGGCCCUACAAGUGCAGCCAGUGCAGCUGCGGCUUCAGCGGCAACUCCAACCCCAUCAAGCACAGCUGCAUCCACAGCGGGGAGUGGCCCUUCCGCUGCUCCCCGUGCGGGCAGAGAUUCCCCUUCCAGCCCCAGCUGGUGCGCCACCAAAAGCACCACACAGGGUAG